AUGCCGUUUGAAGCGGUCCCACCGAAGAUGCAGCGCCGACAGCUUAUCGGAGAGUACUACGGCGGUCUCCCGAUGGCUUCGUUUUGGCCGACUAUGGUCAAAACUAACAUCAACGUAUCCAACCUAAGCAUCAAAAUCCUCCAUUGGAUCACCUCUUCACUGGCUUACCAUCAAACGUUGAACGCCAUGGUCUUCUUCUCCACUAUCAAGCAGAUCGACGACCCCAAUGACAAGUUCGACAUCAUCGCCGGGCUCAAGAUAUCGAACUUUGACAUGGACGAAAAUCUGAAACGCAAAAUCGAAGUCAUCGCCGGCUGUCCCAAUCUCGCGGCGGUAGCGGCGGUGGUCGCGUCGGCCAAGCACGAGCUUGAGGAGCUGUUACUUCCGGACGCGGCGCUAGAGUCUAUCUCGUUCUCCUCGCUACCAACCGAGUUUCAAGAAUUUUACAGUCUCCUUUCGUCGGAACUCGCUGUCUUUGACGGGAAGAAGCAUCUGGAUCUGGCACCCCAUGUGCUCAAGAUGUACGAAACAUGGCGACCAUAUCCGGACCACGACAAGCGGAUCGUGACGAUCAUCAAAGGCAGCGAUGUGGUCGUCGAGGAUUCAGAGAAAGCUCAAGAGCUUAUCGCCACGAACAGAAGGCAUAUCCUCCUGAAGACGACAUUGGCUACCGUCAGCGCAGAAGAGAUCUCUACACGACGCAGCGAAUUCGACCAGGUCUUUCCCUCCUCGGUGUACUGGAAGAUUCUGCACGAACAGCAGACGGUCACGCCUUUUGAGAUGCGGGAAGACGUCCUCAGGGCGAUCUGGGCUUCUUUGGCAAAUCGCAUGCCAGUUGCCGUAGGGCUCUUUGACGUGCUCGUUGCAUUACACAGAGAAGUCCCCGCGCCUUUAAGCGCUACGGUCGAUCAUGUCGCGGCGAGUCCGAAUUUGAUGAUAAUGGUUCAUAUCAUUCAGAGGCUCGACCGAAACAUGUCCCCAUACCUGCGUCAGCACGAAGGACACCCAAAGAACAAGGACGGGAAGAACUAUCUUUCCAAUGUCGUCCCGACCAUGAAGAUUUGGAGGAUAAUGUAUGCGGAACUGCAUAGGUACGCGAUGAUUAACGGAGUGCCGGGCGGUGAUGAAGCCAUGGAAGAAACACUCGAGAUCGCCAACGUCGAGAAAAGUAUUGAUGACGAAUAUGAGCGCCAAGCAAAGGCUUGGGGACGUUAG